CCAGAGAAUUGAAACCAACAGCUGAGCUAAGACAGCAGUAGAUUACACCGAGUCUUGGUAGUAAUAGCAAAGAUCUAACACUCUGGUUUACUGGAUCCGCUGAGUAUUCCCUGUGGACAGAGUUACUGUAAAGUCUGUAUUGGUAACUGGGUUCAGGAUCACCAAAAUGAUCCCUACCACAUCUGCCUUAAGUGCAGACAGACAUACACCCCAAGACCUGAGCUAUAUACAAACACCAAUCUUGAUGAAGUGGUGGAAAAAAUAGAAAAGACUGGACUGCAAGCUGAUGAGACUGGAUCUGGAAACAGUCAUAUACUCCAAGUCAUAUACUGAGGAAAUACUGAGGAAACAUACUGAGGAGAUACUCCGCAAACAUAUGCUGAGAAAUCAGCACCUGGUCAGCAUGAACAAGAAAAAGAUGAGUGGGCGCAAGACACGCAAACAAGAAGCCCAGUCACCAGCUCCCUCUUCCAGCGGACAGGACUUGGCCACUCCCGACAGGUCACAUUGUACAGCGCCUGAAUGGCACAAUGUUCUAAGACACAAGCUGUGUUGCUACAGAUGCUGGUUCAAUACCCGUGCCGGUCUUCACUGGGAGAUGCAAGAGAUGACAGAGUUUCAGGAUCCAGAGCCAGGGAAGACACAGGAACUGUAUGCCCAAAUGGAUGACAUCCUGGAUAGGGUGACUCAAAACAACUUCCAGCAAUCAAUGAAUGCAAUAACUGAGUUCACCAUUAACACAGAGGGCAAACUGAGGGCCAUCACUGACCUCAUAUAUGAGAGGGCCAUAUCACACCCUGCCAGCUCUGUGGUCUAUGCCAACAUGUGCCACUACCUCAUGGGGGAGGAGGACGGCCAGCAACUGAGGGAAGAGCUGGAGGAGGUCAAGGCGAAGGGUCGGUGACAGUCUCUAGGCAAUAUCCAGUUCAUUUGCGAGUUGUACAGGUUGAAGAUGAUUACGGAGGCCAUCAUGCACGACACCAUCGUAAAGCUGUUGAAGAACCACGACGAGGAUUCGCUGGAGUGUUUGUGCACCUUACUCUCCACCAUCGGCAAGGAAUUGGCCAGGCCCAGAAUGGAUGAGUACUGCAACCAGAUUGAGAAGAUCGUGAAGAAUAGGACAACCUCCCCCAGAAUCACAAGCAUGCUGCAAAAUGUGAUGGAUCUCCGAAAGACCGAAAUACCCCAGCUUGCUGAAAAGAUGGAGAAGAUCAGACUGCAAACUGACGAUGAUGCUGAAGAUCACACUGGACCUGCACAUACGGAACCUGUUUUGCGGCCUCAUUAUAAAUCAUCACCCAUGAAGCAACAGGAGCUGGUUAGCAUAUUUACCCCACUACAGGAGAAUGUAUGUCCUCAUGAUGAUAAGCUGAAAGCUGAAGACCAUGAGACAGACUCUGCAGGGCGGUCUACCAAGAAGAAAAAGGUUAGUGUGCCCUUUAAAACAUGCCAGCAGAUAAUCCAGGAGAGAGAGGAGGAGCUACAGAAAGUCAGACAGGAAGUGGAGUCUCUAAAGUGCUUAUCUCAGGCUACACUGGAGGAUGGUGAGAGGUUCUUCACCAAAUUGAUUGAGACAAGGUGCUCAGAGGUGAGAGAGUGGAUCCAAGCCAAAGAGAAAGAGAUGGUGAGUGAGGCUGAGGGACUCAUACAGACACUCGAGAAGGAGCUUGAUGAGCUGAAGAUGACUGAAACAGAGGCUAGGCAGCUUCCACACAUAGAGGACGUCCCCCAUUUCUUCCAGAAGGAGGGGCUGGAGGAGACGAAGGCAGAGGGGCAGCGGGAGUUGCUUUGCAACAUCAAGUUCAUGUGCGAGUUGUUCAAGCUAAAGAUGAUUAUGGAGACCGUCAUGCACAACUGCAUUGUAAAGCUACUAAAGAAUGGUGAUGAUGGUUCACUGGAGGUCCUGUGCACAUUACUCUUCACCAUCGGCAAGGACUUAGAGGAGGAUUCUCAGGAGGCUGAGCCCAGAAUGGAUCAGCACUACAAGCAGAUUGUGGUGAUCAUUAAGAAAAAGAGGACGUCCCCCAGAAUCCGCUACAUGCUGUGUGAUGCGAUGGACCUCAGAGAGCUCAUUUUGGAGAAAAAUAAAGACAAUUGAAGCCAAGAACCAGAUGUUUUCUAUGAGGUCUAAUGAUGUCCCGUGUAGGUUAGUUGGUAGAGCAUGGCGCUUGCAACGCCAAGGUUGUGGGUUCAAUUCCCAAGGGGGACCAGUAUGAAAAUGUAUGGAAUCAAUACUGUACGAUGUCCUGGAUAGGAGCGUCUGCUUGAUGACUUAAAUUUAAAUGUUAAAACACACACCGAUCACAUUGGAAAAUUAAAUUGAAAUAUUGAGGAUUCAUAAUAAUUGAAUCAUAAGAUGUACAGUAUGUCCUACAAUAAAUCUAUUUUUUCCCCUGCAAA